UUUUAUGUAUAUGUCAUUAGCCAAAUAAAAACAGGUUUCCAAAUUAAACAUUUCACUCAACAGCUUGUGCUAGACCAGACUUUCAGCAAGUAACCAAUCAAAUAAUAUUUUAGCCAUGAGCAGCCAAUGGGAAUUCGUGCAGCAGCGCUUUCAGGUUCUCGACCACUCCUACAACUGUCAACAAUGGCAGCAGAGGGAGAUUUUCUAAUGCGCUACCGAGCGGUGUCCAACAAACUGAAAAAGCGUUUUCUUCGGAAGCCUAAUGUCGCUGAAGCAAGUGAACAGUUUGGUCAACUUGCCAAGGAGCUGAAACAGCAGGAUUGCCCUCAGUAUGCUGCCUUCUGUAAUCUAGCCAUAGCCCGGUGUGAACAGACACUCUUUAAUGCUCCAGGAGAAGCCCUGGCUCUUACCGAUGCAGCCCGACUCUUUCUGGCCUCUGAACAGGAAACUAGAGCACUGAGAGCCCCAGGCUUUGAUGAGAACAUGCAGGCAGCAAUGAACUGCUAUAGCUUCGCCAUUAAGGUCUAUAUUGAGAUGAAUCAUCCUGUUAUGGCGGCCAGUCUCUCACUGGAGCUUGGUAAUGCUCUGAAGGAGAUGAACAGACCCAGCGAGGCAAUGGUUCAUUUCCAGAGAGCUGCAGAAUUGCAGAUUGCGAUUCCAAUCGAGUCUCUGCUUUCACUGUGGGAGAUGGCCUUCUGCAAAAUACUGACCCGUGAUUAUGAUGGUGCUCUUGCAGUGCUGUCUGAGAUGCAGCUUAUGUGUCAGGAGAGAGGACUACAGCUACCUGGGACCAACACCCCUGUGGGUGCAUUUAUGGAUAUCGAAGCUAAAUGUGAAAUCUCCAGAGUAUUACUGCUAUUGCUGCUUGAGCCUCCCCCUCAGAAGCUAUUACCUGAGCAGGCUCAAACACUUGAACGAUACGCCUGGGGAUCAUUUGACUCGCACACUCGGGUAAACUUCCUCCCAGAAAAUGUGUUCCUCCUUCUACAGUCAGUUGUGAUGGCCUGCCAAGAGAAGGAUACAGAAUCUCUGAAGGCUCUUCAGACAGAACUAUGGCCUCUCCUUUCAGCAGAACAGAAUCAUCUCCUCCACUUAGUGGUUCAAGAGAGAAUUACACCUUCUGGUCAGGGCUUAUAAUUCAGUCCCACUCACCACCCCCACAAAACAAAUCUUGUUGGAACAGUCCCAUGCCAGUGCCUGAUGCAUUUUGCAUGAGGACUGUAGAAGGUCAGUGGACCUAGUAGAACUGUACAUACACAUGUGAAAACAGAUUUAUCCUCUAUUGACAUGCUUAUGUUUCUCAGAAUUGUUACUUAUACAAACUGGUUUCUAAGAAUAAAACACAUUUUAUACUGCAUUUAGAUUUUAAAGUAUUUGCAGUAGAUUAAAAAUUUAUUACAAAAAUGCUUUGGUUGUAUAUUAUUUAAAGUU